AUGCCUCUGCCGACAGAUUUCACACUUAACACCGGGGCCAAGAUCCCUGCCGUUGGUUUUGGUACAUGGCAGGCUCCUCCUGGGCAGGUCGAGAAAGCUGUCGAGAUCGCCCUCAACAACGGUUACAAGCACAUUGACUGCGCUUCCAUCUACCGCAAUGAAGUCGAGGUUGGCGUUGGCAUUCGUAAGAGUGGCGUUCCUCGAUCAGAGAUCUUCAUUACCGGCAAGCUCUGGAACACUAAGCAUGCUCCCCAGGAUGUGGAGAAGGGUCUCGAUAAAACGUUAAAAGACCUUGGAACUGACUACCUCGAUCUUUUCCUUAUGCACUGGCCUUGUGCUUUCAAGUCUGGUGAUGAUUGGUUUCCUAUCGACUCAGAUGGUGUUUUUGAGCUGGCCGAUAUUGACCCUGCCGAGACAUACGGGGCUAUGGAGAGACUCCUAGAAUCAGGUAAAGUCCGUGCCAUCGGAGUAUCAAACUUCACCAAGGGCCGUCUCGAAGAUCUCAUGUCCAAGACCAAGGUCGUUCCCGCUGUCAACCAGAUCGAGGCUCACCCUUACCUCCAACAACCCGACCUCUUCAACUAUUGCAAAUCCAAGGGCAUCCAGGUCGCCGCUUACUCCCCUCUCGGCAACAACCAAACCGGUGAAGCUCGCACAGUGGAUGAUCCUCUCGUUGCCGAGCUCGGCAAGAAGCUUGGAUUGGACAUCGGUCAGGUCCUGUACUCGUGGGGUGUUCAGCGAGGCUCUGUUGUGCUACCUAAGAGUGUAACGCCCAGCCGCAUUAAGUCUAAUCGAGAGGUCUCCGAGUUGCCGCAUGAUGCUUUCGAGCAGCUAAACGGUUUGGAGAGGAACAAGCGCUAUAACUGGCAGACAAGGUGGGGCUAUGAUAUUUUCCAGGAAUUAGGAGAGGAUAAGGUUAAGCAGGUUGCUAAGGAGUUAGGUACUGAGAAUUUAUAUAAAUUUAGUAAAAAGUAA